AUGGUGAAUCCUAUGGUGGAACGAGCUACGAGCGACAUGUUGAUCGGGCCUGAUUGGGCUAUGAAUAUCGAGAUCUGCGACAUGUGCAACCACGACCCUGGGCAAGCGAAAGAUGUCGUAAAAGGAAUAAAGAAGCGCCUUGGAAGUAAGAAUGCUAAAGUUCAACUUCUUGCUUUGACAUUGUUGGAGACUAUCAUAAAAAAUUGUGGGGAUAUCGUCCACAUGCAAGUGGCAGAGAAAGAUUUGCUCCAUGACAUGGUGAAAAUUGCGCGGAAAAAGCCUGACUUUCAUGUGAAGGAGAAGGUUCUGACUCUAAUAGAUACAUGGCAAGAAGCUUUCGGAGGGCCAAGGGCCAGAUAUCCUCAAUAUUAUGCAGCAUACCAGGAGUUAUUGCGAGCUGGGGCAGUGUUUCCUCAGAGAUCAGAGCAAUCGGCACCAGUUUUCACUCCUCCUCAGACACAACCUCUGUCAUCUUAUCCUCAGAAUCUGCGGAAUCCUGAGGCGAGACCAGAGCCAGCUGAAUCUUCCGAGUCUGAGUUCCCAACCUUGAGCUUGUCAGAAAUCCAAAAUGCUCGUGGUAUCAUGGAUGUCCUUGCAGAAAUGCUCAGUGCUCUGGAUCCAGGAAACAAAGAGGGGGUACGGCAGGAAGUUAUAGUUGAUCUAGUCGACCAGUGUCGCACAUACAAGCAGAGAGUGGUGCACCUUGUUAAUUCGACAGCAGAUGAAUCUCUACUAUGUCAAGGGCUGGCUCUUAAUGAUGACUUGCAGCGCGUUCUAGCCAAACAUGAAGCCAUUUCUUCAGGAACUGUUCUUCCAAAAGAUAAGCCAAAGACGGAUGCUCAACCUAGUGGGAGUCUAGUUGAUGUUGAUGGUCCUCUAGUUGAUGUUGCGGGUGCCAGCAAACAGCCUAAUCGUGAAUCUCCUUCGAGUUCAAGUGGAGCCGCUCAGCCACUGAACCAACUAUUGCUGCCUGCACCUCCUACGAGCAAUGGUCCAGCCAAUCCUAAGAUGGAUCUGUUAAGUGGUGACGACUUCAGCUCACCAAAGGCUGGUGACACGUCACUUGCUCUUGUUCCUGUUGGUGAAACACAGGCAACUGCUUCUCCAUCUCAGCAGAACGCACUCGUUCUAUUUGACAUGUUCUCCGACAAUCAACCGAACGGUGUUGUCAACAAUCCUGCCAACACCGUCAACAUGCACCCUACUCCAUUCGAUGGUCAAAAUAACACUAUGACCCAACAAUUCCAACCACAACAAAAUUUCCAAUCACCAGAACAGCCUGGGAUGUAUCCUAAUGGAACCACACCGAAUACGGGAUCACCAUUCAUGCAAGGUGCUGUUCCUGCAUGGAAUGGACAGCUCACCCAGCAGCCUCAACAGCCCGCCUCUCCAGUUUACGGGUCACAAACAGACGGCUCGCUACCUCCACCGCCAUGGGAAGCUCAGCUAGCAGCAGAUGGCGUUGGAAGCCCGGUGGCAGGAUCUCAAUACCCGUCUCAACCCAUGCAAGUUACACAGGUGGUCGUCACCCACAGUCAGCCCAUGACGAACCAUAUGCACCCGAUGGGACCAAUGGGAGCCGACCCUGGCGUGGGAAUCUACAUCCAACCAUCUUCAAGCGCACCAAUGUCACCCAUGAGCAAUCCAGCAGCUGGAGGACAGGGCAACCCGUAUUUCGGAAUGCAGUAUCCCCAGCCAGUCGGAGCAGGGCAGUACAUGGGUAUGGGAAUGGCCCCACAAUUACCAAUGUAUCCUCAACAGCAGCAGCAGCAGCAGCAGCAUAUGUACAGCAACCAAAUGGCAGGAUACGGAUAUGGAUACGGCGGUGGUGGUAUGUACGGACAGCAACCGCAGCAACAUCAAUUGACGCCUCAGCAGCAACGGUACCUGGAGCAGAAAAUGUAUGGCAUGUCUGUGAGAGACGACAGCAGCUUGAGAAGCUCGUCGUCUUACGGUCUACCUUCGUCGAACUCUUCGUCUAUGGUACCAAAGCCAUCGAAGCCGGAAGACAAGCUGUUCGGCGACCUGGUCGACCUUACCAAGUUCAAGCCGGCGAAAACCUCAGGCGGUAGUAUGUGA